AGUGGUGGUGCUGGUGGGGACGGCACCGAAAGGAAAGAGGUGCUGGAGGAGAACGACGGCGACGGAAAGGAGAAAGGGGAGGAGGAGGACGGUGGUGGUGGUGGUGGUCGUGGUGGUGGUGUUGGUAGUGAUAGUGGUGGUGGCGGCGGCGGCGGCGGCGGCUACGACGACGGUGGUGGAGGAGGAAGAAGAGGAGGAGGAGGAGGAGGAGGUGGUGGUAAAGGUGGAGGUGGCGAGGCUCGUGGCGGCGGCGAAGGAGACGCGGACGUCCACGCGGGUACACGAGGCAGGCACACCCGGCCGGCACGCACACCCAUAUUCUAAGAUGUGAUUUCAAAAAUGGCGGAUUGCCCCUAUGCCCGCUGUAUACAGGAACGCAGACAUAUCCGACGGGAGCUGCUGCGAUGGACAAAGAAUAUGGUCUUCGUAGUCGUUGCGGUGGUGUCGCAGGUCUGGAACGAGUAGCGGAGGAGUUGAUGGGCCGUAGGAGAUGGAAGCAAUAUCAGGACACCCUGUACAGCGGCACGCGCAUCAGCGAAUCAACGACGACGACGACGACAGCGGCACAGCCCCUCCAUCGGCUUUACCCGGCGUUGUCACCGUCUUGCAAUCCGGUGCUCGGGAAUCUGGGCCAGAUUGGGCCAGCUCACCUGCUUCAUCCAACACCGUCGCCAACCGUUACGCCGGCAGGAGCUACGACGGUUCUUGCGACGGGUUUAGCGACGGGUCUGGCAACGGGGGUGACGACGGGGGUAGCGACGGGGGUCGCUACGGGGGUGGCAGGAGUGCCUGGGAGCUUGGUUGCUGCCACGGCUACGACGGCCACCGUCGUACCCACGGUCGGUCACCUCAAACAGGACGUCUCUUCUCUUCAGAGGCAUCACCCUCAAAAUCAUCAUCAUCAUCGACAUCCUCACUCUCAUCUCCAUACGCCGUCCUUGCUGGCCCAGGAUCAGCUUUAUCAGCAAAAGCAACAGCAGCAGCAGCAAGAAGAAUCCAGACGUUUGAGACCGGAGGAAAUAAAGAUCGAAGCGGACGAAGAAGAGUCCGUAGAAGUCAGUGGUGGUGGUGGUGGUGGUGGUAUCGUCGUACGAGAGAACGCGAGGACAGCGGAUUUGGCGACGAGUACGACCUCGACGCAAACGACGAAUACGGGUACUGUGACGACGACGUCGACGACGACGACAACGACGGCAACGACGACCACAACCACGACCACGACGAGUACGUCGACGACAACGUGCGUCGCGACGUCAACUACAUCGGUUGCAUCGACGAAUCUGCUCUCGUCGAGACGACGGCGUCGAACGAAAAGACAAAACGACGGAGAGGAAGCCGACGCCGAGGAAGAGGAGGAAGGAGAGGAGGAGGAAGGAAACGAGGAGGAGGAUUCGAGGACGCGAGAGGAACCGGAAAAACGGUUGAAACUCGACGAGGACGUCGAUAGGUCCGUCAGUCCUCACAGAACGGAUAUAGAACGAACGUCUCGCAAUCUUUCGGCUACCAACGGCACGGACGACAACGCGGAAGGGACCAAGGAACGGACAGGAGAGCUCGCGUUGGAACGGAUACCAGUGACGCAAGCUUUACUGAGAGUAAAAAAAGAAGAGGAGUUACAGGAGGUGCCAGGUUUAGGAAUCGAAAGGACGACGACACCGGCAUCCGAUUCGGAAGGGACCAGAAGAGUCGGAGGAGGUGCCGGAGGUGGUGGUGGUGGUGGUGGUUGUGGUGUUAUUUCAAACGAGGCUGAAAUCACGACGAAAACUAUCGUUCCGCCGUUUCUUCUAGCGAGUCGACGUACAAGUCCACCGCCGGAAGAUUGGAAGCCUCUCGACAAGUGUUACUUCUGCCUAGAUGGCAAGCUGCCCCACGACGAUCAAGCGCCGCUCAGUCCACAGAGCGACAGCAGCAGUAGUUCGCGAUCGGUGGAGUCACCGAUGUCGGUCCAAGUCGACCCAAUGGCGGCGUCCGUCGUCGCGGCCGCUCUCAGCGGUACUUACCCGACUUUAUUGCCUCAGUGGUGCUUACCACCAAGAGAGGCACCUCUCGUCGGGGUACAGGCUCAUCAGGACAGUGCCACGUCGGUCGAUCAACCACUCGAUCUCUCGGCGAAACCGAAAAAUUCUCAGGAUAACAACAUAUCUCCCCUGGAACAACAGAAAAUACCUCUGCGGAUGCCCACGGGUAUCGACUCCAAGAGCAUCUUCAACUCGUGUUACCGCGCGAAACCGCGUAUUGCCGUGCCGGUGACGGCAGCAGCGGCGGCUGUAGCGGCGGCAGCAGUGGUGGGUGCAGGGGGUAGUGUCAGCCGGAAGACUUACACCGAGGAGGAACUACAGGCCGCCCUAAGGGACAUCCAGAGUGGAAAACUCGGCACGCGAAGGGCAGCCGUGAUUUAUGGGAUACCACGAAGUACCCUACGCAACAAGGUCUACAAGCUUGCGAUGGAGCGCGAAAGGGAUGCGUCCCUCUCUAGCACCCAUUCACACCCUCACGAGUCCGGCGCCCCAGCCACCACCACCACCACCAUCACCACCACCACCACCAUCACCACUACAACACCACCAAAUACGACCCAAAACGCGACCACUCCGCCCCCGCAAGUGGAUGAGUUUAACGCGCGGCCACUCGGCGUUCGCGAGGUUGCAAGGCUCGAGGUGGACGAGAAGGAACUAUCGGGAGCAGAAGAGGAAAAAGAGGUCGAGAAGGCACUCCUGAAACCUUUGUUGUCGUUGGAAGACCUAGUAAGGUUUUCCGCGCUCGAAGGUAGCGGUGGAGAUUCCCUGAGGACUCUGCUUCAGCGAGGACAGGAUGCGGGUCAGGAAUGGCCAGGUUUGGAGCAUGCAAACAUCGGUCCGUACAUUCAAAAAAUGUUGGCUGCGGCAGCACCGUUCAAAGGAAUAGAAACACAAGACUACCGCAUUCCGGAGGUGAUGAGGAGGUUAAUGAGCGAGGAUAAGAGAUUAAGUAAGAGCGUGAACGGAGAUCAAGGACAGGCACAGCAUCAGCAACAACAACAACUUCAACAUCAUCAGCAUCAUCAUCAUUCGGUAUCGGCGGUAGGACAUCAACAAAGUGGCCCACAAACGAGUGUGCAAUCGGUGACGCAACAGCAAACGCAUCAACAUCUUCGGACACCGAUGACCAACGAUGAUUUUAAUCCGAGCAUCGAGGAAGAGGCGAGCGAUAGUGCUCAAGGCAGAGCAAUAUUGAAGAUUCCGUCCUACAAGCCAGCGAGUACGCCAAGUUGUUCGAGCAACAAGAACGGCGAACCGACGUCGGCUGCUUUCGCUCAGGGAUUCGCGGCAACGGCUUCGAGUCCGAAUCUUCUGGAACGUGCUAGCCCAGCGUUCUCGGGGACGAGCAGCCCGACGAACUCCCUGGUCGGCAAGGCGGUGCCUGUUAAUUUUCGUGACGUCAUCGCGAAGAGUAUCAGCGUCAAGUUCCAAGAAGGUCAACAGGCAGGUGUUACAGGUGGAUUAGCGGCUUGUCAAGCGAGUACAGUGGUACAACCGCAGCAACCGAUGAUGCCCGAGCCGAGUCCAUUCAAAAGGGGCCGUUAUACGCCACCUCAACCAGCGCCACCUGUUCAGCAAGCUCAACAGAAUAAGCCGCAAAGUCAGGAGGCCAACAAGCCGAAACCCGGUACUGGUGGUAAAGGAACUAGACCAAAACGCGGAAAGUAUAGAAAUUACGAUAGAGAUAGUCUCGUCGAAGCCGUGCGUGCGGUUCAACGAGGCGAGAUGAGCGUUCAUCGAGCUGGUAGCUACUAUGGCGUGCCGCAUUCCACCCUCGAGUACAAAGUUAAAGAACGCCACCUCAUGAGGCCACGCAAGAGGGACCAGAAGCAACCGGACGACAAGACGAAAGAUGGAACGAGUACGACGACGGCGGCAGCGGCAGCUGCGGCCGCGGCGGCGGCUGCUGCGGCAAUGAGACCCGGUACAGCUGACAAAAAGGCACCGCUGAAGACUCAAAAACCGUUCACCCCGGCCAGUGGUAUUCCUGGUCCUAAUGGACUGAAGAUGCCACCUUUCAUCGAAGGCAUGCCGCACUUACCUUUUCCACCUUUUAACUUUUGGAGUCCUGCCCCGUUCUUACCCUCACCGUUCAUGCCGGGUGCCGCCAAUGUACCGACCAUCCUUCCGGAGCAAUACUUUGCGUCACAAAGGAUGCGUGGCUUGCAAGAACAGCAAAGAAGCGCAGCGAUUGUUCAACAACAGCCGCAUCAACAGCAUUCGCAGCGAGAAAGAGAGGCCGGGGCGACCGUCUCGAGCACGGAAACGCCUGGUACGUCGACCGCAAGAAACGCGACGAUCGCUAAGGCACCACGGGAAAUAACGGAGAGUCUUUACGAUGGUAGCGGAGCGAAUGGAAGUUUUUUGGACAAUCUGAUAAGGUCGAGUCUUGAGACCGGUAUACCUAGGGAUCAGCGAGUCUUGACGGAAACGAGAAGUCAACAGCAACAAACGUCGUCGUCGUCGUCUACGUCGUCGACUUCGUCUCAGCAACAACAGCAGCAGCAGCAACAACAACAGCAACACCCAGAAACGAUGAGCGGCAAGGCCUUGAUCGAUCAACUAUGUAGGAAUUCGAGGAGGACACCGUUGCCGCGUAUAACGCAAGAUAGUAGCGAGGAUGAGAGUUAUAGGGGACCAUCGGGAACUUCCGGUAGACUCGAUAGAGUACCAGAGAGACCAGAGAGGGUACCUACCGUUGAUCUCAGCCCAUCGCCCUCCGAGAGGGCUCGUACCGACGAUGGCAGCGAUCGUUUGACCUCACCGCCGACGCCUCUUUCGAUCUCCCGUGCGGGAAGCAGGGACGAGGACAGUACUCGCGAUUCGAGGUUAGAUCGUGCCAGUAGAGAACGCGAAGUUCAUAACGGUGCCGCUCAGGAAGAUCGAGGUGCCCUCGGUACGCAGCAACAGCAACAAUUGAAUCAUUACCCGGACUUACACAAUCUUUAUGCCGUAUCAACUGACAAAAAAAGUGCCUGUGAU